AUGGCUGUAAGCACUCCAGGUGGAGAGGCCACCGUCGGAUCGGAUGCGCCCAAAAAAAAGGGCCCCGCGACACCCGACACCAUCAUCUCCGGCUGCAUCGCCUGGGUCGAGAAAGACGGCAAGCCUCGACGCGCCGAAAUUCUUAGCAUCAAGACAACCAAGAGUGGGAAGCAGUUCUAUUGUAAUUUCGAUAACUUCAACAAGCGUCUGGAUGAAUGGGUACCCGUGGCACGAAUCGAUUUCAAUCAAGACGUAGAAUGGCCGAAUCCAGAGAAGGACAAGCCCAAGGAGCAAAAGAAGAAGGCGCCACCGGCAAACAAGAAGACUCUGGUCUCGAAGAAGGCGCAGAAGCGCCCUACAACUAAGCGAGAACAAUCCGCAGUGUCGGAAGCCAGCACACCGCAUCCAUGGACAGAGUUCGUCGAGUCACAGGAGCAGCGAAAGUCGGCAUCGAUCGGACCAGAAGGCGAAACUCAGACAACAGAUAGUGUGGAAGCUAGUGCGACGCCCGGGCUGGGCGAGGAAAUGGACAUUGACGACAAGGAGUCGCAAGAGAAGAAGGAUGGUCACGGAUUCAGUCGCGAAGACGAAAUUGAGAAGCUAAGGACGUCCGGCUCAAUGACUCAAAACCCCACCGAGGUCUCGAGAAUCAGAAAUAUUUCCAAGGUCCAAUUCGGGAAGAACGACCUCUUCCCUUGGUAUUUCUCGCCAUAUCCAGAGGUGUUCAGCUUAGAAGAUGUUAUCUACAUCUGCGAGUUUUGCCUGGGUUAUUAUGGCGACGAGUUUUCCUUUGUGAGACAUCGCAAGAAGUGCACUCUUCAACAUCCUCCUGGAAACGAGAUCUACCGGGACGAAUACAUUUCCUUCUUCGAGAUUGACGGAAGGAGACAGCGCACAUGGUGCCGGAACCUCUGCUUAUUGUCAAAAAUGUUCCUGGAUCAUAAGACACUCUAUUAUGAUGUCGACCCUUUCCUGUUCUACGUCAUGACAAUCAGGAGCGACAAGGGAUUCCAUCUCGUGGGGUAUUUCUCAAAAGAGAAAGAGAGUGCAGAUGGAUAUAACGUAGCCUGUAUUUUGACGCUACCGCAAUACCAGCGAAAGGGUUUCGGUCGACUCCUGAUUCAGUUUUCCUACGAACUUUCAAGGAUCGAGGGGAAGCUCGGCUCGCCAGAGAAGCCCUUGUCAGAUUUAGGUCUUCUCAGUUAUCGUCAAUUCUGGUCGGAGAACAUUAUCGAGCUUCUGAUGGGAUACAAUGAGCGAGAAGAGAAAGCGACAAUUGAGGCUAUCUCGACAGCGCUUGCCAUGACAACACAAGAUGUCGAGCAUACGCUUCAAGCCUUGAAGAUGCAAGUUUAUCACAAGAGCGACCACAAAAUCAUUAUCCCAGAAAAGCUCAUUAAGCAGAGAGAGAAGCAAUUGACGAAGAAGAGGCGGGUUAUUGACCCAGAAAGGAUACAAUGGAAGCCGCCGGUGUUUACAGCUUCCAGCAGAACUUGGGGCUGGUAG